GCUAGAUCGUGCAAGCGGAAGCAAUACUGUACUGUAUCUCCGGCGGAGGAAGAGCGGGUGUGGUUCGGACUUACACGGCUGAUUCCCUGCAAUUUUACCCAAGCUAAAGGAGAUUGUUUCCCCUAACAGGAAUAACGGAGGUGCCACUGGAUUCUGACUCAUCUGCUGUGCGGGCCGAGGGCAGGCGAGAACAAUGGCUACCCAGUCUGAUUUGAUGGAGUUGGACAUGGCGAUGGGAGACAGCAAGGCUGCAGUGAGCCAGUGGCAGCAGCAGUCCUACCUGGAUUCAGGCAUUCAGUCUGGAGUUACCACCACAGCGCCAUCUUUGAGUGGCAAAGGAAACCCUGAUGUUGAGGAGGAUGAUCCAACUUUGUAUGACUGGGAGUUCAAUCAGCCAUUCACUCCUGAAACUACAGACAUUGAAGGCUAUGCCAUGACCCGGGCCCAGCGGGUGCGUGCGGCCAUGUUCCCCGAAACCUUGGAGGAAGGCAUCCAGAUUCCUCCUACCCAGCUUGAUGCAGCUCAUCCAACUGCGGUGCAGCGGCUGGCAGAACCUUCUCAGAUGUUGAAGCAUGCUGUGGUCAACCUUAUUAACUACCAGGAUGAUGCUGAGCUGGCCACUCGUGCCAUCCCUGAGCUUACAAAACUGCUCAACGAUGAGGACCAGGUUGUGGUGAAUAAGGCAGCUGUCAUGGUGCAUCAGUUGUCAAAGAAGGAGGCCUCUCGCCACGCACUGAUGCGCUCACCUCAAAUGGUUUCAGCGGUUGUUCGAGCCAUGCAAAAUACCGGCGAUGUGGAAACCGCUCGCUGCUCUGCUGGAACCUUGCAUAACCUUUCCCACCACCGUGAGGGACUCCUUGCCAUCUUUAAGUCUGGAGGGAUCCCUGCCCUGGUUAAGAUGUUGGGAUCACCAGUGGACAGUGUGUUGUUCUAUGCCAUCACCACACUCCAUAACCUCCUGUUGCACCAGGAAGGAGCCAAGAUGGCAGUUCGCCUGGCUGGAGGACUGCAGAAGAUGGUGGCUCUGUUGUCAAACACCAACGUCAAGUUCCUCGCCAUCACUACUGACUGCCUUCAGAUUCUGGCUUAUGGCAACCAGGAAAGCAAGUUGAUUAUUUUGGCCAGUGGUGGUCCCCAAGCUCUGGUCAACAUAAUGAGGACCUUCACUUAUGAGAAACUGUUAUGGACCACAAGCCGAGUGCUCAAGGUCCUCUCUGUUUGCUCCAGCAACAAACCUGCAAUCGUUGAAGCUGGAGGCAUGCAGGCCUUGGGACUCCAUCUCACUGACCCCAGCCAGCGUCUGGUCCAGAACUGUCUCUGGACUCUGAGAAACCUUUCGGAUGCUGCCACUAAGCAGGAGGGAAUGGAAGGUCUAUUGGGGACCUUGGUCCAACUGCUGGGAAGCGAUGACAUCAAUGUAGUGACCUGUGCUGCUGGCAUCCUCUCAAACCUGACCUGCAAUAAUUACAGUAACAAACUCAUGGUCUGCCAGGUCGGAGGCAUUGAGGCCCUGGUAAGAACAGUACUUAGGGCAGGUGACAGAGAGGACAUCACAGAGCCAGCAGUCUGUGCCCUGCGCCACCUUACCUCCCGCCACCAGGAUGCAGAGAUGGCACAGAAUGCUGUGCGCCUUCACUAUGGCUUGCCUGUGGUGGUCAAACUCCUACAUCCCCCAUCUCACUGGCCACUGAUCAAGGCUACUGUAGGUCUGAUUCGCAACCUGGCCCUUUGCCCAGCCAACCACAGCGCUCUUCGGGAGCAGGGAGCCAUUCCACGACUGGUCCAGCUGCUAGUCAGGGCUCACCAGGACACUCAGAGGCGCACCAGCAUGGGAGGCAACCAGCAGCAGUUUGUGGAAGGCGUGCGUAUGGAAGAAAUAGUUGAAGGAUGCACAGGAGCGCUGCACAUCCUGGCACGAGACGUCCAUAACAGAAUUGUCAUCAGAGGACUUAACACCAUUCCACUCUUUGUCCAGUUGCUAUAUUCUCCAGUGGAGAACAUCCAGCGUGUGGCGGCUGGUGUGUUGUGCGAGUUGGCUCAGGACAAAGAGGCUGCCGAGGCCAUCGAAGCUGAGGGAGCCACCGCACCACUGACAGAACUGCUUCACUCUCGCAAUGAGGGUGUUGCCACCUAUGCUGCAGCAGUACUGUUCCGCAUGUCUGAAGACAAGCCCCAGGACUACAAGAAACGUUUGUCUGUGGAACUGACCAGCUCUUUAUUCAGAACUGAGCCCCUUGCCUGGAAUGAGAGUGGAGAUCUUGGACUGGAUAUGGGGGCUCAGGGAGACCCUCUAGCUUACAGACAGGAUGAUGGAGCGUACCGCGCCUACCCAGCAGGCUAUGGUCAAGACACCCUGCUGGACCCCAUGAUGGAGGGUGCUGACUACCACGCCGACACUCUGCCCGACCUGGGCCACCACACUGAUCCUCUGCCAGACCUCGGUCACAGCCAGGACCUGAUGGACAGCAACCAGCUGGCCUGGUUUGACACCGACCUGUAGGAUUGUUGUGUUCUGAUAGAGCCUGCAUUGUGAUUGGCCUGUUUUGUCUGAAGCAGCGUUUUGAUUGGCUGUAUACAGUUGUGAAGGUAUUGAAUGGCAUAAGGGGUCUUGGAAAGUGCCUGACACAAGAAAACAAAGAAAAGGGUUGCCAUGGGAAUGUUUUAGGAAGUUGAAAGGGGGUGGGGGUGGGUACUUGGGAAGGGUGGUUGAAGUAUCUGAGGGAUGUGGAAUCACAUGACAGAGGGCUUGGGGCAGGUUACCUGUUAGGAUGAGUGCGCACACACGUUGGAUCUUUAAAAGUUGGUAACACAUGUUUUAGCCUUGCCUGUAUUAUCCUUGUUUGGUUCUACUUUUUGUAUUCUAUUUUUUUAUUUCUUUUUGUAUUACUCAUUCUCUGUUAUGGUACUGACCCAGCUUGCCUUCACACUACUAGCCAUCAUCAUUUUGUCUUCAAUGCUAACAAACUGUAAUUAAAAAAAAAAAAAAUACAACGUAUAUUACAUGUAGUGUUAAGUUAUAGUGAUAUUAUACAAUGUUUCUUUGGCCGAAUGUGUAGAACACUAAUAAUCAGUUGUACUCGGACUUAAAAUGUAAUAUUGUGUAGUUUUUUUUUUUUGUUUUUUUUUUAUAAUCUCAAAAACGAGAAUUAUACAUUCUUAAGUGCUUCUUGAAGCCUAAACUGUCAGUGUCACACACGCGUUCUGAAGAGGUUCAGUGUUGGUUGGGGAUAAAUCUGGAGACAAGUGUUUUAUAUACUACAGUUACUGGUAGGUUACUAUUUUGUAUGCUAUCACUGAGUGUCUGAUAGAAAAGUCGCCAUCAUUGGUGGCUUGAUUAAAAAUCCAGUCAUAUGUGCUAUGAGAGGUAGCCAGAUUGAUGACCUAGUUCUAGUCCUGCUGUGCUUAUUUUGGAGAGGAGCUUGUGACACGGCUGAACAAUAAAAUCAUUUUAUUUCAUUUA